AUAAACCUUGCAACUAUGAUGGAAUCGGAGCUGGUGAUUGCUUCGUCGUCAACAGACGCCGGCAUCAGCUGCUGGGACCUGCAAUCAGGGACGGAAAACAUCCGCUUUCGGACGUGCUCUUCCCCUUCCCACGGCCUAGCGACCAUUGGUGGACGUUUUCUGGCAUCGUCUCAACUCCGUCAAUCCAAAUCAGCUUCAGGCUCCAUCUUUUACUGGUCCUGGAACAAGCCUCAAGUAGAAGUGAAGAGCUUCCCAUCCGAAUCAAUUAAUCCUCUUGUUUCAAAUGCGGAUGGAUCUUUUAUAGCUGGAGGUGGUGCUUCAGGGUCCAUUUACCUGUGGCAGGUUGCGACUGGGAAACUUCUCAAAAAGUGGCCUGCCCAUUAUAGGGGAGUUACAUGCUUAGUUUUCAUAGAUGACCAAUCACUAUUGGUUUCAGCAUCUGAGGAUGGAUGUAUUCGAGUUUGGUCACUUAUAAUGGUAUUUGAUGAUAUUAUGAGGAAUCGAGCUGAACGCCCCUUUGAGCAUAGUUUCUCUGAACAUACUCUAAAGGUGACUGAUAUUGUGGCUGGAAGUGGAGGGGGGAAUGCAUUAAUAAUAUCUUCUUCUGAGGACAGGACCUGCAAGGUAUGGAGCUUAUCAAGAGGAAUAGUGCUGAGAGAUGUUGUGUUUCCUUCAAUAAUUGAUGCCAUUGCAUUAGACCCUGGUGAGCAUGUAUUUUAUGCUGGUGGUAGAGACGGAAAGAUAUAUAUUGGUGCGCUUAAUGCAUUGUCCCAUUCAAACAGUAACUAUGGGACACACAUCAUCGGUUCUCUGACUGAGCAUAGUAAGGGCAUUACAUGCUUAACGUUGAGUAUGGAUGGAUUCAAGUUAUUGGCUGGAUCAGAUGAUGGUAUGAUCAGAGUCUGGGAUACUAGAAACCAUAACAUCACUCGCAUCUUUAGGCAUGGAAAAGGACCUAUUAACAAUAUCCUUGUUAUUAGACCCCCACCAUAUCUAACAUCACAGAAAUCUACCAUGUCCCAUUCAUCUUCAACUAAGAGGACAGCAUUCCCAGUGCCACCGCCACUUGAAAAGUUCCCCAGUUCUUCAGAUGAAAAUGGGGAUGUGAAGGCAUUCAUUUACCCACAGUGUAUCCUGAAUACACAUCUUGAAUCAUCAUAUGUCUGUUUCGAGACAAUGAAUAAACACAUCAGAGAACUUGAGCAACAGGGUUCUUCUGCAGCAAGUGAAAUAGAGAUAGAACGGUUAAAGAUUGAGCAUAAGAAAUCCAUGGAAUUGCUUCAGCAAUGGCAAAAAACAUACCAAAAUUUGCACCAGUUUUGUGUCUCUGAGCUGUUGAAUAAUGGGGAGGAGCAAAUUGGAAAUAAUGGUGUUGAUGGCCAAGGCAUGUGAAGUGAUUAUCUUUCUGACAAUGAACAUGGGCCUUUUAUUUUUAACUUCUAUCUUAGAUUCUUAGUUCCUGGUAUACAGAUCUUUGCUAAACGUUGAAAUUAUGAUAUAGGUAUUUUUCAAAUUUUAAUUUCUUGGUCGUGCUUCUUAGGCACUCUUCUAAUUUCAUUCUACCUUUACAUUCAAUUUAUUGGAUCUUUUGAGUUACGUUUACGUUGUGUGCUAAACAUUAUCACAUGAACGGACUUCUUGAAAU